UUAUACUCUUCGGAGCUUCCAAAUGGCGAGAACCUUAGAGUCUUGGUUGAAGAAUAUUUCUCUCAUAUUCACCCAUUAAGAUGCAAUGGUUUUGUACACAAGCCAUCAUUUAUGCGACGUUUAGAUGAAGAUCUGGAUUCGUGUCGUCAGGAGUCGCUGCUUCAUAUUAUCUGCGCACUGGGAGCCAAAUUCUUCGCGCUUAAUUACACCUCUUUUUUACCACCCGAGGCGAUUCUGACGGCCGGAAACCAGUGGGCCAAAAUAGCAAAGGCUGGAAUAUUUAUAGACAUGGACGAUUUGUCUGUUGACAAACUCAUGACUGCGAUCUUACUAUAUGAUCAUGAUCUUCGGAUUGGAAGCUACGCAAGUGCUUUCAUGCUGAGUGGUAUGACAGCAAGAAUGUCUCAAGCCUUACAGCUGAAUCUGGAAAACUCUGCAGACGUACUUUGCCAAAAGUCAGACUCAUCUGCGAUCACUAAUGAGACUAGAAGGCGACUCAUGUGGAGUUGCUAUCUGCUCGAUAGUUGGGUGGGCAGUGGUGUUAACCAACUCACUUUACUUGAAGACCGUGAUUUGAAAAUUCAACUUCCAUGCCACAGCCAAAAUUUCUCGCUGGGCAUUCUAUGCCUCACAGAGACCCUGGAUGAAGGAGAAACUUUGAGCUUUGUACCUCGCGAUCAAGUACCUCCAGGUUCUUGCGAAAACAUGGGUAUCGAAGCGUACUUCAUUCGUUUGGUUAGUAUCCGAAAGAAAGUACUACGAUAUGUCAAGCAUCUAGACACAGCAAAGCCCCCAUGGCAGGCAAAUUCUGAAUUUCAAUUGUUAUCAGCGCAAUUUGAAAAAAUUCGUCGCUCUCUUCCUAAAAGCUUAUUUUGGAACUCUGGAUCGAUCUAUGCGCGAAAGGAGUCUUCGCAGCUCGGAGCUUUGACAUUACUAUGGUGCACUUUUCACCAAAGCUUGGUCGAUCUGUACCGUAUUGGCAUGCCGUCUUUGUUUCGCAUUCAAAAGGAAUUGAACUUCCCAUCUGACCAGCAGGAAUUUCUUCAACACUGCCGCAGGGUUUGUUAUGAUAAUGCGUGCGAGGUAUCCAGAAUUAUAUCCGAAGCCUUACGAUAUGGUCUCAAAUUUCUUGCGGAUUCGUGGAUUUGCAUUAUCGCACAUGACAGUACGAAGGUCAUGCUUCAUUAUCUGAAGCUGAACGGAAUGUCCGCUGAUACUCAUCAAAGUGAGAUGAGUGAUACACUCACAUUGGUGCAUAGCAAUCUCGACGCAUUACUACAGAUGAGAUCCAUGGUAGCAACAGCGGAACAUUGUUCGGUAUCGGUCGUGAAAAUGCUGGUAGCAGCUGGUAUCCAGCCUAGUAUUUCGCUGAACGCUCCUGGGAAUGUCCCAGCGCCAGAGACAGAAGAUGUAUUACAGUGCUUCCCCAGACCCGCCCGCUCAAUCAUCUCCGGAGAACGUCCUCAAUCCACUGGCCAUUUAUCGCAUGGCUCGAACAGCCCUGCAUAG